AUGGCUUCUUCAGUGCCCCGUGAAACAUUGAACAUGUAUAAUGACUACGGCAUCAACUUGGCGAGCAUAAUGGGAUGGGACCCCCAAUUUAUUCCACAACUUGACGAGCAAGUGGUCGGACUAAAUAUCAAAACUUUCUGGAAAAAAAGAAAGGACGGCUCUGCCGUCAAUUUCAGCAAAGUCAAGGAAUCCAUUCCACGACCACACCCGAUAGACGAAGAAUACUGUGAAGACUGUCAAACCACUUGGUUGAAAGGUAUUGAUAGCGCUCAGCAUGGAUUUCACCCAUACCACAUUGCCCUGAAACCUUCAAUUGCUCUCGAGUAUGCCAUGGAGCCGCGAUCUAUCGUUGUACGCCUGGAAGGCUACAUUGAACAAUCGGUCACGUUCGUGGACGGUUCGAAAGGCCCAGUCGCUUGUGCGGGUGGAUAUUUUGGUCCUGGUUCCGAGUACAACAUGGAGCUGUUCACCAGAUUGCCACCUGAUCAUGAAGGCUCUAAGCUAAGCGUUGAGCUUACAGCAGUUGUCAGUGUUUUGGCCCGGCAGAACCGCAUCGAAGAGCUGCAGACUAUAAGCAAAGAGAUACAGCCGAAAUUUGACCUUCUAGCUAGUCUUGGACGAAAGAUCGUCGGUAGAGAUCCAUUAGUGUUCAAAGGAGUUACAGUCGUGCGUAUCGACAGACUCCUCAGUCAAGAGGGGGCGACUGUAGGAGAUUUAGAUUUGGAACUCACAACCACGAAGGUGGCUCUACGGUUCUUAGACCGGAGGCUGUCGGGUAACACGCCAGAUACUCCGGUGAACUACAACACUCAAAACAGCUAUAACCACAAAGAAGAAGCCGAUGACGAAGACUCCAACAACUCUGAGCCACUGAGCAUCAAGCACAAGCGAAAGGGCCGGACUACAAUCAAACCCAAAUCCGGAAAAGGCAAGGAAAAGAACGAGAAAGGUAAAGAUAAAGGAAAAGAAAAACACAAAACGGGGAGUAAGAACCUGGAUAAAUCUCGUGCAGAGGCAGAGGAGUUAUUUCCAGAAAUUAUACGAGACGAAGAGAAUAUUGUGACGAGCUCAAAUCAGGCGGGCGAUUUUCGUGUCAUCAUCGCAGUCAGCAGCAAGGAGUUAUAUGAUGUCGUCAGUAACUUUAUGUAUUACAGCUGGACUUUCAACGAGGAUACACAGACGUUCAAAACCAAAGCAAAGAAGAAGCCCCCAAACCAGCCUAUGCUUGUCAAAGUGCGACAACUAAUUGAUGAGCUGGCAAUGUAUUAUGGCAUUGGGGUAAAGGUGGUCUGGUUGCUAGUCAGCAAAAAUGAAAAUCUACGUGCCAUGGAGUUGGCAAAGAAAGCAGCACGUGUUGGCGGCGAGAAUGUCGAUUGGUUUUGUGGGGAUCCUUUGGCUGGACAUAAAAUCUUAAGUCAGGACAGCCAGUCACCACCCAUCGCGGAUCGCAAUUAG